AUGUCUGACCUUGAUGAGGCCAUUGAGCUCCAUCGGGCUGCAUUACUUUUUCCCUCCGGUCAUUCAGAUCGAUCCUCAUGUCUGAACAAUCUUGCAAACAGCCUUCGAAACAGAUUCCAGCAGUGUGGCAUGAUGUCUGACCUUGAUGAGGCCAUCGAGCUCCAUCAGGCUGCAUUACUCCUCCGUCCCCCCAGACUCAGCCUUUGGGACAGAUUCCUGCAGCGGGACAUGAUGUCUGACCUUGAUGAGGCCAUCGAGCUCCAUCGGGCUGCAUUACUUUUUCCCUCCGGUCAUUCAGAUCGAUCCUCAUGUCUGAACAAUCUUGCAAACAGCCUUCGAAACAGAUUCCAGCAGUGUGGCAUGAUGUCUGACCUUGAUGAGGCCAUCGAGCUCCAUCAGGCUGCAUUACUCCUCCAUCCCCCCGGUCAUUCACUUCGAUCUUCAUCUCUGAACAAUCUUGGACUCAGCCUUCGAGACAGAUUCCAGCAGUGGGGCGUGAUGUCUGACCUUGACGAGGCCAUCAAGCUCCAUCAGGCUGCAUUACUCCUCUGUCCCCCUGGUCAUUCAGAUCGAUCUUCAUCUCUGCACAAUCUUCCACUCAGCCUUCAAGACAGAUUCCGGAAAUGGGACGUCCAGUGUGACCUUGACGAAGCAUUUAGCUUGUACUCUCAACUCUCCCACCUAUCACAUGCAGCAUCUCGCACACAUCUUAGUGCUGCCAAGUCAUGGGCGGCCUCCGCCGAAAUAUUCAAUCACCCAUCUGCAUUGCUUGCUUAUAAAGUUGCACUGAAAUUCUUGGAUCAGCAAGUUGCCUUCCUGUCGUCUUCUUCGCAUCACUUCGAUGUCAUCAGGGAGGCUGUUUCUUCUCUUGCCACAGAUGCUUUUUCAUGCAGUGUUCGUUGUGGUUCGCUGACCACUGCGGUGGAGUUGGUGGAGCAAGGUCGUGCAGUGUUCUGGACCCAGUUGGCACGCUUCAGCACACCACUCGAUGAACUUUCUGAUUCAGGUGACGCCGGCAUGGUCUUGGCAGAAGAGUUCAAACAUCUGAAGACCAAUCUUCGCAAAUCCGACAAAUUACUGCAGUGGGAUGAUGUUGUCUCGCGCGUUCGCAUGCUCCCUGACUUUUCGUGUUUUCUCCUACCUCCACUCUUUUCUGACCUCCAGAAGGUGGCCGAAGAUGGCCCAGUGAUAAUUGUCAAUGCUAGUCAGCACAGCUGCAACACCUUGAUCAUCCAUGGUGCAGGAGAUCCUGUCCAUGUUCCACUUGACAUUAAACAAGCCGAAGUGUCCGAAUUCUCCUCAGAGUUCCAAUCACUCGCAGAGCAGUUUGGUUCUUCUGAUUAUCAACUUGUGCUUGUCGGCAUCCUUCACAAGCUUUGGAAUGAUGUCGUUGACCCCGUAGUCCGAGCUCUCAGGGAGUCUGAAGUUCGCCCUGGUUCACCCGGACCAUAUGAGAAGGGGAGAGACAAUUUAUCUGACAUUUACAUAUCCUCUUACACCCCCACUUUGGCGACUCUCGUUCAUGCAAGACAGCAGGUUUCUCGAGAUGCGUCCUCCCAACAUUUCGUUGCCAUCGGUCAAGGCAACCCGGUUGAAGGGAAGGAGCUCAAAUGUGUCGCUCCUGAGCUAGCCGUCGUCGCUCGCCACAUUACUCCCGUCAUCUCCUUCACAUCCCUCGAGGAUGCCAACGCAACAGUCGAGGGUGCAUUCGAUGCACUCAACCAUAAUCAAUGGCUUCAUCUUGCCUGCCAUGGAAUGCCGAAUCGGACGCAGCCAUUCGAGUCUUCCUUCGCUAUGCGCGACGGGCCCUUAAUGAUCAAGGAUAUCAUCUGAUCCAACUCGCAGAACCCACAGUUUGCAUUCUUAUCAGCCUGCCACACUACCACUGGCGACAA